AUGUCUGAUGGUCAUACAACAUGUGACAUCUCUGAUGGUCAUACAACAUGUGACAUGUCUGAUGGUCAUACAACAUGUGACAUGUCUGAUGGUCAUACAACAUGUAACAUGUCUGAUGGUCAUACAACAUGUGACAUGUCUGAUGGUCAUACAACAUGUGACAUGUCAGAUGGUUAUACAACAUGCGACAUGUCUGAUGGUCAUACAACAUGUGACAUGUCUGAUGGUCAUACAACAUGCGACAUGUCUGAUGGUCAUACAACAUGCGACAUAUCUGAUGGUCAUACAACAUGCGACAUGUCUGAUGGUCAUACAACAUGUGACAUGUCAGAUGGUCAUACAACAU